GUUAGGCUCCACCUGUCUCCCCUCCUCCGCCAGGGUUACUGACCCAGAAGCAGCCGUCAUCCAGUAGCCGUGGUAUGCCGGCCAGUGCUCAACCCCCGGUCACCGGAUCGGCGGCAGCUGCUCGGUCCCGGAGUUAUUUUCACCCCCAGGACAGAGUGAUGCAGAGCAGCCCCAGUCAGACCCGCGGAGACCCGCGCGGAGCAGCAUGAAGUCCGCAGGACCCGACGGCUUCUUCCCGUCUGACCCGGACGACCUGGACAGCGGCGGCGGCGGCAGCGACAGCUCCUACGGGAAGUCCACCGGCGACGGCAGCCCUCGCGGAGAAGCAGGCGGCGGCGGCGGUUCCCGCGCCGCAGCGCCCCGGCGGAGGAAACGGCGGAGACGCAGCAGCGACGGACGAAACGGGGACGGGGACCCGGGAACCGCGGGCGUGAGCAAACAGAGGCAGGCGGCGAACGCGCGGGAGCGGGACAGGACGCACAGCGUGAACACGGCGUUUACGGCGCUGCGCACGCUCAUCCCCACCGAGCCCGCCGACCGGAAGCUCUCCAAGAUAGAGACGCUGCGCCUGGCCUCCAGCUACAUCUCGCACCUGGCCAACGUGCUGCUGCUCGGGGAGGCGGCGGACGGACAGCCCUGCCUCGGGUACCAGAGCGAGCGGCGCGGCGCCGCGGCGCCCGCGCUGCGGCCCAUCUGCACCUUCUGCCUCAGCAACCAGAGGAGACUGUCCACCAUCGCCUUGUUUACAUGUACACCUGUAGGACUUUGUACAUAUAUAAAUAUAGAUUUAUUUUUGGAUUAGAACCAGUAAUAACACUGAAAAGCACUUUGCGUCCACGCCGCUGUGCUUCUGAACCCUGUGUUUUGGUUGAGCUGUAACCGGAGCCCAUGUGUAAAGUUGCACCUGACGGGGGCUAUUUCAGUCCCACGAAUUGAAUCAACUACCCCCACUCCCCCCCCGCCAAAAGACAUAAACGCCUCGUCACCCUCCCAUGCUGUCAGUGGAGAUUAAGGUUAACUGCAGCUUGAUUUUGAAGAUGAAAAAAGGUUGAAAUAUUUGCAGUGCAUCGUUGCAAUCUAUCACUUAAAAAACAAAUUCAAAUUUAACAGUUAUUGUGUUGGCACGGCGUGCACAGAGCAUCAGGUUCUGGAGAAUAUAGAAAUGGAAUCCUGAAAGGUUGCACACUACCUCAGACGAAGGCCUACCUCUGAGUCUAAUGUGGAGCGGGACUGGAAACAAACCUACUUGAAUACCUGACAAUUGUGUCCUUUUGCACAAAAUGGCAAAUUCUGAGAAGCUGCUUGAAGAUAAAUGUAUUUUUGUAACAAAACAAAUAAAAAUGA